AUGUCGAUCGUCUUUUUUUUACUCUUGGUUCUUGUGAGUACGUGUAUCUGUACUCAACGCUACGUUAACUCAUUCAAAUUACUUUCGCAAACAAAUCCAACCAAAUCCACAACAGCAAUAACCACAAAAACAACAACAACAUAUGCAACUGGAGUUAUCAAUAGCAACGAUACUUUUGUUAAUCAAGCUGAAACUCUCAAGCAUAAAAUAGAAAGCUACGUACAAGGCAUUAUAAUAGUAGCUACUGGAAUUGUAUGUGCGUUAGCAAGUUUAUACUCAUUCGUAGUUUUUAUGAUUAAAUUUUAUAAAAAUAACUUCGAAGUUAAAAAGUCAUGGUUUACAAUCAAGAGUCCAAGAGAAUACACACGAAGAAAACAAUGUGAACGUGAAAAUGAUAUUAUCAUUGAUACAACCAAGGGUUUUGCUCUUCGACGUCUCGGUGACUAUUCACCGGAUAUUGUUGAGGAAGUUGUUCACACAUUCUUACCUUUACAUAAUUUCUGUAUUGCUGUAUCGAAUUCGGAUAUUUGUAUAUACAAUUUAGAAUAUAAGAAUGUAAAUGUAUUAGAAUUAGGCACGAUAAUGCCAACUCGUGAAUCAGUUCGUGAGUUUUCAUUUUAUCACAAGAACGAUGUUUCAAGAUUAGUUGGCGAUGACUUAAACCGCGUACUCACACAGCAACACGACGAAAAUUUACCUAACAAUGUGUCAGCGUUUCAUUUUUUUAACAAACAAUUCUAUUAUAACAAAUUAGAUGCAGAUGCAUUACCUCCAAUACGAGAAAGUGAUACUUUAAAUAGUUACACUCACAUUCCUCGUGCUCGUAUAGCACCAGCUGAACUAAUUCUUCAGCACAUCAGCAACAAUAAACUAGAUUUCGAUUAUUUAUCUGAUGAUGACUUACGUUUACUUUUGACCGCAGUGUUAUCACGGAUGCGUAGUUCAUACACAGCAGAUGACAUUCACAAAUCACUAAAUAAAUUUACCGAAUUGAUUAUCGGACAAUCUGUUUUCGCAUUGAGAUAUUGCUUAAAGAGUUAUAUCAAUUCCAUUUCAUCUCACCCUUGUAUCGUAAUUUCAACACUGUUUUUACAAAUACCUGUUCUUAGUACAACCAAAUUCUAUGUAUUUCAAUUGAUUCCACUGCCGUUUAUAUUCAAUCAUGAAAUGUAUACAUAUUCAAAUCUCCCAAAAACAAUUGGAAUAAAUGCAAUUGAUAACACAUUAGUAGUGUGGAAAAGCAAUUUGGAUGACAAUAAAUGUGUAUUUGGAGCAGUCAUUUUGUGUAAGACAAGGCCAAUGUCCAUCAUGUUAACUAAAUAUUCGUGUUUAUAUGAAUUGCUCAAUCAUCAAAUGAUUGCGAAUAGCAAAUGUUCAGUCAUUCGAUCACAAAAUAUAGAACAAAACUUAAUAGAAAUUGAUGACGGAAUAUUGUACUUUUACAAUGUUGAGGAUGGAAUAUACUGUAAAAUUUCUUAUCAAAAUGGUACGAUUGACACGCUCUCUGUCAAAGAAGCUGGCCUCGUACGUUUACCAUGUAAUAACACAAUUGCGUGUGCUAAUUUCCAAUUGUCUCCUAUACCUUGUGACGAAAAGCGAGUAAAUAUUCUUGGAAAUGCUCAUUUGCAUGUGAAACAAUCGACACAUUUCUUCGUCCCAAUAAAAGAAUACGAACAUCCAAUAAUAUUAUUGUAUCGGAACCAGUACCAAAAUUUACUCAAGGAGUUUAUCCCGUCUUAUUCUUCGAAAACAUUCACUGUAAAACAACUGAUUCGUGACAUCGCGAUAUCUAUCAUAUCCAUCGUCUGUCUUAUUUUAUUGAUUAUAUUCAUCUAUAUGCUAAAAUUUAUCAAACAUAAAUUACAACGGAAAAUAAACAAUCUUGAGCAUGUCAUCGAUGAUAUGAUUCCUCUUUAA